UUUUUUUUUUCCCCUCUUCUUGGACCUGUAUAAAUAGCUUCUUCUACCCUUUUCUAUACCACACAGAAACACAAGCUAUCUCAGCUUCUUCAUCUGUUUUUAUCCAGUUUCUAGUAUUCAAUUAAAAAAAAUGGCUUCUUUCGCUCCUCAGUGUGUUCUGAAGCUGUUCCUCCUACUCUCUGUCUUUCAGGUCGCUUUUGGGGCUAGAAAGCUCAAUGAGCUAGUGCAAGAUCAGCCUCAGCUCUUGAGUUACCACAAUGGUCCUCUUCUUUCUGGUAAAAUCUCAAUCAACCUCAUUUGGUAUGGCAAAUUCAAGCCAUCCCAGAAAGCCAUCAUCUCUGAUUUUAUCACUUCAUUGUCAGCUCCGUCAUCCCAAAAUGCCCAGCCCUCUGUUGCUGCCUGGUGGAAAACCACCGAGAAAUAUUACCACCUCGCCUCCAAAAAGUCCACUCUUUCCACUGCUUUGGGCAAGCAAAUACUAGAUCAAACAUACUCACUAGGAAAAUCACUCACAAACAAACAUAUUGUCCAGUUGGCCUCAAAGGGAGAUCAAAUGAAUGCUAUUAACGUUGUACUCACGUCCUCUGAUGUUGCCGUUGAAGGUUUUUGCCUCAACAGAUGUGGGACUCAUGGAUCUGCUUCUGGAUCCCAAACUGGUCACAUCAAGGGCAAGAAUUACAAAUUUGCCUACAUUUGGGUUGGUAACUCGGAGACUCAGUGCCCUGGUUACUGCGCCUGGCCAUUCCACCAGCCAAUCUACGGACCACAGAGCUCACCCUUGGUUGCACCGAACAACGAUGUGGGUGUUGAUGGUAUGGUAAUCAACUUGGCAAGCCUUUUGGCUGGGACUGCCACGAACCCAUUUGGAAAUGGAUACUUCCAGGGUCCAAAGGAGGCGCCAUUGGAGGCAGCAUCAGCUUGCACUGGGGUUUAUGGGAAAGGGGCUUAUCCGGGCUAUGCUGGCAACUUACUAGUGGAUUCUAGCACUGCUGCUAGCUAUAAUGCAAAUGGAGAAAAUGGCAGGAAGUACUUGCUCCCCGCUUUGUAUGAUCCUUCUACAUCUUCUUGUUCAACCUUGGUCUAAAAAUGUUGGAGGAUAGUGGAUUAGGAUUUAUCCUUAGAUUAGGAGUUAUUAUAGUGGAAUUAUUGUAUAAAUUACACAUCUAUUAGAGAGAGAGACGUUGUAAUUGAUUUGUUUGUUAAAUUUUUUUGGCUUAUGCGGCUUAAUAACAGAAAGCAAAUUACUUUGGUUUGCUUUUUCAUUGAAAAA